UGCCCGGCCCGCACAUGUGCCGAGCGCUCUGACAUUUACGUAGUGCGACCCGCGCCUCCGCGAAAACGAACGUCCCUGGCGCAUUUAAAAAAUAAAAUUCGAAUUCCGUUCAAAAACAACACAUCUAUUUUAUUUUUUUUAAGAAUAAUAAGUGUCAAUUGUUUUUUUCUUUUUAAUUCGAGCCAGUGUUGCGACUUGGAAUAUUAUUUUGUUAUUUUUUUAUUGUUGGGUUUGGAAAGUGUGAAUGGUAGGGGUCGUUUUCCCUGGGAGAGCAUCACUAUAGCAACGGUGACGUCAAGUUCACGGGCGGAUGGUGCAUUUUCGUUCAAUAUUCACUAGUUUUGUUCCAUCAGUGUGUUUUUGAAUACAAAAGGAAUUUUAGAAGGUAAACAUCAACAAAUCCCGCACAAAGUUUUACUAUGUGACUUCCAUUCACUUCGACUGCAUCCAACUGCAAUCGUUCAGUGAGAGUGUGUAGUGAAGUGAGUGAGCCGUCCACAAAUGUGAGGGUUUAUGGGAAAAAGCACUCUAUGUUACAGACAUGAGUCUAAUGGGGUUCAUCAAGUUCGGAUAUGCUUUGGUCGUAGUCACUCUGCUGUUGAUGAUAUGGGCCUCCUUAUCAGGGGCGCUAGAACUCCACGUGGACACAGGGCAUCCGCCAUGCCUGUUCCAAGCCCUGUGCACGUGUUCCAAGCCUGCAGGCGACCUGGGCAUCGUCACCUGUAAACAUGUGCCCCUGCUGCGGGUCCCGGCUGCUGUCAACAGCUCCAAGGUCUUCACGCUGCAGCUCACCGGCAACAAGAUCCGGGAGCUCGACCCUCAGUUUUUUCAAGCAACAGGUCUCUACAGGCUAGCAAUAAACGAUAACCCAUUAGAAUCGAUUCACGACGAAGCGUUCUACGGCCUGGAUAACACGCUAUGGGAAUUGGAACUGAGGGGAGACAAACUGAUGGCAGUACCCAGCAGGGCGCUGAGGUACCUGCAGAAGUUGAGGUUACUGGACUUGACAGGCAACGAGAUAACGGAAAUAAGUGGCGACAACUGGCGAGGGUUAGAAAACACUCUUCAGACUCUCAUCCUGGCUGACAACUCCAUCGCAAACUUACCUCUCGACGCGUUCACCGGACUACCGAUGUUAGAAACCUUAGACCUGCAUGGGAAUCACUUGGCCAUCAUUGAUAGUGGAGUGUUUAGAGACGGCAUGAACAGACUUAAUAAGCUUCUGCUAGGAGAUAAUCAGCUAGCCUACAUCCCGUAUGAGGAGUUGUCACCUCUUCGUCAACUUCGAUACCUGGAUCUCUCCAACAACGUAAUCAAACAAGUCCUGCCUGCUCACGAGCUGAACGGCAUCAGAAUGUCUUUGGAUACUUUGAAGUUGGAAAACAACGUUAUCAGGAUGUUAUGGCCGGGAUCAUUUAAAUACUUCAACGUAUUGAAUUUCACAUCUCUGGAUGGCAAUCCAAUCUUUGCUUUGAGGGAAGACGCAUUCCGCAACGCCAAGAUAAAGACGCUGUCGCUCAGGGACUGUGGUCUGUCAGAACUGUCGCCGGCAGCAUUUGCUGGCCUGGAGAACAGCCUUGUCAGUCUCGACUUGUCCGAGAACAACCUCACCACCAUCUCCAAGUUCAUGCUGAACAAACUGGAUACGCUGCGGUUCUUGAAUCUUAAAGAAAACAAGGUUGACAUCACCCUACUUGCGUCCAACAAUCCAUCAGAGUACAGUUUGACAUCGUUCACCAACUUCCAGUACAAGUUGUUCUCCUUGGAUAUUAGUGGUGCUUCCUCCAUAGAGAUGAGCUUACAGGAUGUUAGGAAGAUGAGAUCUCUCCGCUACCUGGCUAUUAGUAAACUUAUAAAACGGUCGAUUAAUUCUGAAGACUUCUUGGAAUUUGGAGUGGAGCUUGAAGAAUUGAAGAUCUAUGGUAGCACCAUCACUAGAAUAGAAACCAGUGCAUUCCAACAUGUUAGGACCAUCAAAUCGCUGGACCUGUCGGAAAACAAUAUUGAUUUCAUUGACCCUUUCGCUUUUGCCGAGUUGCAUAGUCUCACCACACUGAAAAUGGCGAAUGGUCUGUCAGACUCAGUAAGAAUCCUGCCAUUUGAACCUUUGAAGGCAUUGAUCGAACUGCAAUAUUUGGACCUUAGUAACAACAAACUGAAGAAUGUUCCUGACACUUCAUUCCACUUUCUGUACAAGCUCAAAGCGCUAAACCUCCAGGAUAAUGAGAUUGACCACUUCUCUAAAGGGACAUUGCAAGGCGAUAUCCACAGACAACUAGAAAGCAUUUCCCUUUCUCUAAACCAAAUGAGACAAAUUGUGCAACACACUUUUGUGGACCUACGUGAACUACAAAAAAUCCAUAUUGAAGAUAAUUUAAUAGAAUUGAUCCAGAGACGAGCAUUUACUAGCCUGGAUAACUUGAAAGUUAUAAAACUACGCGGAAAUAGAAUCAACGAAAUCAGUGAAGAGGCAUUCCAGAAUCUACCAGCACUGAAAGAGCUCGAUAUUUCGUUCAAUCGUCUGGACACCUUCAAAUUUUCCAUCUUUGAUCAAGUAGGGUCAGCAACCGCAUUGAAAGUAAACGUGUCAUAUAACCAAAUAGUAGUACUGACCGACUCCAACGCAGCGAGUUUCUUCACGUCAAACUUCUAUCCACCACCUAAAGCACAAAGUUUAGGAACGGUCUCGGUAAAUAUCAGAGUACUGGAUUUCUCUCAUAAUAACAUUACCUACAUUGCACCAUAUUACUUCAGACACGCAGACUUGACUCUCUCUGAGCUCUAUUUAUCCCACAAUAAGAUCAGAAAUGUUACUCGAGAUGUGUUUGGAUCAAUGACUAUGUUACAAUACCUGGAUCUUUCACAUAACCAGAUAUUCGAUUUGGAAUACGACUGCUUCAAGAAAGUUAGGAAUUUACAGAUACUGGACUUGUCUCAUAAUUACUUAACGGAGAUGCCAGUGGAAUUGUUCCAUGAGAUGCAAUCUCUGACGUCACUCGAUCUCUCCGACAACCACAUUAGGAACAUUGCCGACAAUUUCAUCCCCUCACCGAUGUUGGAGAGGUUGGACUUGUCAAAUAACGACUUAUCGAGAAUACCAACGAAUUGUUUAACGCCAGCUGCUGCAGCAAAUUUAGUCGAACUCGACCUAAGUGGAAACUCCAUACCAGCUAUAUCUAUUUCCGAUUUUGUGCAGAGGUUCAGGAACCCAGAUCAAGGCGAGUUCUGGCCAGAGGAGCCGGACUACAACGACGAAUACAUGUACCACACGGCUAGGCGAGAUCACACCAGAGUUUUCCACCAAAAAAAGCAAUACCCGCAGAAUAUAUUGUACAAGUCUCUUGUUUGGUUGGAUCUCUCUGGCAAUCAUCUGGUUCGUAUCGAAGGUGGAACUUUUGGUGCUUUGCCAAGACUUCGUUGGUUGGAUUUGAGUAAUAAUUCUCCGUUCAACAAUGGAGAACGAGGUUAUACCAUCUUCAAAGGAUUGGAGAGACGUUUAUCUCAUUUGGGACUGAGAAAUGUCAGCUUGAUUCACAUCCCAUCCAUGCCGUUACCAAAACUGAAGAGUCUUGACUUGUCAUUUAACAACCUACCAUCAAUUCCUCCAGAUACAACCGCGAACCUCACUCGUCUGAGAGCUUUCGACCUUUCCUACAAUGACCUUACUGCCGUACCAGUGGCAACUCAUUCUCUUACUGAUCUCCGCUGGCUCUCACUAUCUGGGAACCCUAUAACAGCAUUGAUGAACACUAGUCUUUACGGAUUGUCAUCUAAACUUGAAUAUUUGGAUGUUACUCGUCUGCGAGUGAGAAUCUUUGAGCACGGUGCUUUCAGCAAAAUGUACGCGUUGAGGACUUUGAAAUUGACGGCCUAUGUGAAUGUGAACUAUUUCAACCUACCAAGCAUGUUAAGUCAUAAUGCUGCUUUGAAGAAUCUUUAUGUAGAAGCCGACUAUGCUGGCGUGGAGUUUGGCAAAGAAAUGACAGGCGGAACGUUGCCCUGCAAGCUUAACAAUAUUACUAUUACUGGAAGAUAUUUGAAGUUCCUUUCUCCUUAUUUACUUAUCGGUGUUCACUCCAAAGUCCUUCGCCUCACCAUCAUCAACACGAGCAUCGAAGAACUGGCUCCUGAAGUGUUCUGGAGAGCCGGUCGUGUAAGGAACCUUACUCUGGAUCUUCGGUGGAACUACAUAACCAGAGUACCCAAUCCUGGCCAAAAGGAAUGGCCGGGCGUUCCGAAUACUGUGUUCCUUCAAGACAUACUUGUUGCUGGCAAUCCUUUGGUCUGUGAUUGUGGUAUUGGAUGGAUAGAAGCGUGGGACAGAGAAAGAAGACAGUACUUAUGUCCAAGCCCAUUCAAAUGUGUCGCGACUCGCGAUGACGUCAGAUUCGCAACAUGCCCUUAUUAUGACAACAGAACUUUAACCGAUGUGUUUGCAAGGGACCUCGAUUGCAGUUGGAGUAAAGGGUUCCUAAGUUCGCCAAACACCUACAUCAUCAUAGGCAUGGCAAUCCUGACGGCUCUGUAUAUAUGAGGAUUGUUUUGGCUUCUAGGAGUCUACGAGGAGUUCUAUCUGAUAUUGUCGCGGGUGUACCAAUUUUAACUUGGGAUAUACAAACUUCUGGGCACUGGAGUUGAAUUUAUAUAUCAUCAAAUAAUUAUCCAGGCAAGUGAGAUAUUGCAUUGUAUAUCAAAUUUUAAAGUGUACAGUACCUGUGUUAUGUGGCCUAUGAAUUAUUUGACGCGUGAAUAGGUCUUGAAUAGCCAAAUCCUAGUUAGUGUUAGCAAUAUUGGACGAUGGUUACCAAAUACCAAGUGGAGGACUGGCUCUGACUCGGAGUGUUAAUAUAAGUGCGAUAGAAUUCUAGUGAAGCCUAAAUUGUGAUUUAUUGUUUAAAAACGGAGAGCAGAAGUGUGAUCUCAAGGGAUUGAAUCAGAUUAUUUUAACUUUGAUUUGUUUUUCGACUUAGUGCACAUUGUGUUUGUUACCCCGAUCCUGUUUGAGUCUAGUUUAAAAGAUGAUUUUGGCGAACCACGCAUUUUGUGCACUGCUUUGCAGUACGAUUUUGCAAACUUUGUCCAAAGACAACUGGAUGACGUUAUGAGUUUUCCCACCUUGUGUAUUACUAUUUCAAUCUUGUUUCUUUGUAAUAUUAAGGUUCACUUUUUAAGUUUAAGUAAGUAAGUGCAAUUUUAUAAUAUUCUUCAAUAUAAGUUUGCUCAUAUUUACGCUGUUAGAAUAUAUUUUUUCUAUAAGUGUAUCUUUUGUUAUCAUUAUCAAAAGUCGUCCAGGUGUCUAUUGUCCUUGUGGUGCGGUAUGUCGAAGGAUAUCGAAUGAGACUUACCAUUUAUGUGUUGAAGUGCACUUAAUGUGUUUUAGAAUUUGCAUUUACGUCGGUUCUAUGAUAGAUAAGUUGUACGAAGGUUUAAAUCGAAAGGUUAGACAAAAUUAUUCAUGAGCUGCAAUUUUUCGAAUAUUUAUUCUUUACACAUUAAAUGGGUACAGAAACAUCUUGCUGACAUUAACGAACUUUCAUAAUGUUGUUUGCCUUUCGACUUAAGGCCUUCAAAUUAAUCGAAAGCAAUGACUUAAUUAUGAUCGUCUAAGUAGACUGCAUUCGCUCGAAUGAUAUUAUGUGUUCGUCCAUUGUUAAGAAUAUAAUAAUUAUUUAUAGGUGUAUUCGUUUGUCUAAUAGGAAUAUUAGUCGUAGUCUUAUGAAAUCAUUUUGUAAUUUAUUCUGCGCACCUAAUCGUUUUCUUUUUGUUUUGGUAGAGUUAGUUUCAUGCCUUCGUCCAAUACUUUCAUAAAUGCUUCUUAAAAAAAAACAAACUCGUACCAAAACUUACAAUUAACAAUAGGUACUGUCAUUUAAAAGAAGUAACGAAUUACUGCAUUAUCCAAGAAAGGUUUAUAUCGGAUCUUAGUGACUUUAAAUUGACCAAUAGCGUACUUCCAACACGUGAUAAUACAUUUCCGUGAUUGGUUCAAACAUAGAAGCAUAGUUCAAAAUGGACGACGGCAAAAUGAUCAGUAUUUUAUAUCAAUUGUAGCAUUUCUUCUCAUUUCGGUAGCUAUCUCAAUUUAUAAAGUCUUUACAUAUACAUCUUCCCAUACAAUUUCAUGUUCAUAAUCUAAGUCCUAUUUAUUCAUUAUCUUCAACAAAUGCUUAAUAUAUUUACUCUCUUACAGUUUUCAUUGUUUAGCUGUUUAAAAGUCUAUCUGGUUAACUUGUUGAUAUAAAGAAAAAAAAACAUAUUUUAUUACAUAUAUUAUGUAAAAAUGUGUCAGUAGUUAUAUUUACAAAGGCCAUUGGGAAAUAUAUCAGUUCAUAAAAUACUAGAAAAUUAAGCCACCAUCAUGCUUAAGAUUGUACGUUAUUUAGGAUGUUCAUGUAACUCUCUGUGAUUGGCUAAAAUAUCAAUGAAUUUACUGCAGUAGUUAGUUUCAACCAAUCACAGGAUAGGAUUUCUAAUAUGACUGAGUUACACGAUUAGGCAUUGUGAUCGUAUUGGCAGUUACGAUGUAAUGGAGGUAAAGAAUUCAAUUCUUGAAUUUAAAAUUCUAAACAUUAAUAUUGUUAUAAUAACUGAUAUAUUUCACAAGGCGCGGAAUGAAGCAUGCUGUAAGAUAUAUUCGGAUGUCAUCUCGCAGUGUGUUGAUUAAAUACUUACUGACUGACUUAUAAGUAUUUCAGGACUCACAUUUUACAAUUAUGUAUACAUAAAUUCACGCCCAGAAUUUCGUUAUAUAUUACAAUAUUCAAAUAAUAAAAGUUCUUAGCCGCAGGUUUGCCUUCAUGGCUCUGGAGUGUUUAGGAGUGAUUUUAUGUAUAUAUAUAAGUAAUAAUAUAUCGCUGGUUAUUAUAAGAAAUGUUGUUCGUAUUAGACUGUUUGUCGGAGUGGCUUAUAUUUUAUAUUAAAUGCGUUUUAGUCCAGUUGAUGAUGAGUUCCGCUUUUUUAUACGAUAUUUUUAUGCACGCUAGAAACUUUAAUAUUUUCUUGCUGCGGCUGCGCUUGGUUUAUUGUUAGUCUAUCUACUAUGGCAUGGUUGCAUUCUAUGGGGUGAUGUUCUUCAGUUGUCUUUCUAUUGAAAAACAAAAAUAUACUUAAACAGAAUCUUACGACUAUACUCCAAUUGGGACAGUCAAAGAUACAUCCAUCACAAGAUGAAAUAAUUCACCCAGCUUUCUGUUAAGACCAACGUGAUAUAUGAAGAUGGUGAGCCGUAUCGCGUCCAUUGAAACUUAAAAAUAAAGCAGUAUUUUAUUGAUUAAAAAGAUGACUUAACUGGAAAUUCAGAGAAGUAACAUAACCUUUCCAAAACAAUCUUCCAAUCAACUGCAACUUUUAAAGCCGAAACCGAUUUGACAUUAUCUGUUUUGUGGCAAAGACCCAUACAAAAAUAUUGUCACGAAAAGAACAUCACCAAAUACAUAGAAAAAAUGAAUACCUCUUUUUCAGUGGUCCAGCAUGAGGGUUGUCAGGCCUACUAGUUUACUUUUGUUUUCAAUGCCACUUUGGACAUUAUUCAAAACAUUUUCAAAGAAUAGAAAGCUAUUUUCAUAGAAAACUGUGCGGACUGUACCGCACCCGAAAAUUGCAAGUUCAAACCACAAACAUUUAGGCACAGAGUAACUUUACGAUGUGAUUGUAUUAUCUUUAAGAUAAGUUAGUGAUUAUGUAAAUGAUAUGCCAACACACGGGGCGGAAGGUGGGGUGCAGGAAGUUUGAUAGCUAAUGUCACUUAGAUAAACGACAUUAGCCCCCUUCUCCUAUGUCUACAAUAUUGUUUUCUAUGGAAAUAGCCUGCUUAUUCUAUACUAUAUCACCAUGCACUUACAAAUGUUUAUUUCAAAGUUCAAAAAAUUUGGUAUUGAAAACAAAGGAUCAUCGUUGUAACAAUGAAUAUAUUUUGUGAUAUAUAUUACUCUAAUCCUUCUAUUUUUGAUAAAGCCUACAUAAAUAUUGCUGACAUAAACAGGAAUUGUAUAGCUGAUGUUAUCAUUAAUACUACAAGCUUCUUUGAAUGUAUAAACUGUAGCAUUUGAUCAGUCAAUUGGUAAGAUUGAAAUAAAGUUUUAAAUAUUUCAAGUGUACAGAUUUCUUAGAUCCUGUAUCUUUUCAUCUAAAUAACAAUAGUUUUAUCAAGAUAUAAAAUGUGGAUGUUCCAGUAGCGCCAAAAUUACUUUAUAAAAUAUACCAAGAUGUAAACGAAACCUAUUAAAUAUUAAGAAAUUUGUGACGAAACUAGCAACAUUUGAAAUUUUUCUAAAUGGUAUAUUUUUCAUUCUAUCCGGUUGACCGUCAGGUAAUUUCUUUCUCCGUGAUAACUGCAAUACUAAAUAAUUUAGAGUACAAAUAAGGUACUAAUUUAACUUAAAAAAUAUAUGACUUGCAAUUCACUUUUUUUUAAUAUGAGAUAUUAGCCAGUAAUUCCCAUAAAAAUAUGCUCAUUUAAAUUAUUUUGACGCUACUUGCACUGAAAACUUCUAUAUAUCCAAAACCAGUCAAAUAUGAAAUACGGCAGAUUUUUAUAUGAAAAUUAGAAAUAAUAAGUAAAAAAUCGUUUUAUCUAAAUUUUAAGGUGUCAUUAAGGAUUAAUAUUGAGAGUUGUGAAAAAAUCUGCAGUAUUUUAUUUUGAUACCUACAAAUAAUGCAACACCCAUUCACAAGUUUACUAGAGAAAUAAUAUUUUUAUUUCAUUUAUUAAAAAUAUGGGACAUUUUCUGACUAUUAAUAAAAAGGUAGAAAAAAAUAGUAGAAUCACUUAUAGGUAUCAAAAAUAUGUUUCGUCACAUUUGGUAGAAGUAUUUUUAUUUUGUAUUUUUAAAAUUGAGUUCAAUAUUUAUUUUUUACUGAAGUGAAUGUGGUUUUGCAAACUCAAAAAUCACUCAAGAUAGGAUCAAGUUGCUGAAAUUCCUUUGCCUAAAUAUACAAAUACUAGUUUUCUUAAAUCUAUAAAAUAUAAUAUUCCUCAGCAAGGUCCCAAUGUGAUAGAUAUAGCUAGUGCCAAUCAGUGGUUCAUAGAAUAUGUAGUGAAAAGCAAUUUAAUAUUUGUCAUUAUAUUUAACAUGUAUAUAUGCGUAUUUGAAUGGUUUGAUGUCAAAUAAAAAGUAUACGUAUGUUGAAUUUGAAUAUAGAGCUACAAAAUAACAUUAUUUGCUGGCAUUUUUCAACUAUACUCAUUAAUAUAAAAAAACAGUGCAUAUAUAAUAUAUAAAAUUAAGUUUUCCAUCUUCAAAUAUUGAAUUAAAGUUAUUUAUUUGAUAUAAAAAUCCACGGGAAAAUAUAGACAUGAUGUAAAUAAAUUUAAAUGAAUAAAUAGAUAUAUUGAUUACAUUAUACUGCGUUGCCAUUUCAGUGAAUUUUGUAAUUUAAAUGAUAAAUAUUUUACUUUAAUGUAGACGAAGGAGUUCGGAUUCUGUCUUCACUACUUUACGAGUCUAAAUCUUAAAAUAGUGUGAGAUUAAAAUAAUAAAAUUGAAUUACUAGCGUAUCAAUAAAUUAUUGCGUAAAUAUA